GUUGCUGGAUAUUGUUCAGACUUGCCUGAAAAGGACUUAUUUAUUACCAUUACUUUAGAUCACAACUCCUUGUAUUCGCAGACAGAGAAAGUAAAAGAAUAAUAAUGUACAGUCUUUUUCUGUUUUCCAUUUUCCAAUGUUUUGUUUUUGCUCUAAAUCAAGUGUUUUAUGGUCACGAUUCAUCUUGAAGCUGCUCGGUCACUGUUGCCCUCUAGACGGACAGGUUAAUUAUGAGAACAGUUAGUUGAUGUGUGUGUCCUCAAUUGUGGUUUUCUCACAUUUAUUUCUGACUAGUUAUCUUCAGCAAUACAAAAACGGUUCUAUAAAGGUCACUGAUAAAUCAUGUCUUAUAUAGACUUAAAUAUAUCAAAGUUUUAAGAUUCCUAUGAUUAAAAAAAAAAAAAGCUUUUUUAAAUUAUUUAUUUAUAGUGACAUUUUUUGAUAUACAACGUAUAACUGCAUAUGAAUUACACUUCAUGUCUCAAAACAAGAAGCCACAAAGAAACUCCACAUGUCUGUCUGAUAUAUAGGAAGCAGGAAGUGUGCUGAGGGGAGUUCUCUUGCUCUGACUCUUUGAUAAACACCCCAGUCAAACCAGGGAGAGAGAGGGAGGGAGAGAGAGGGAGAGAGAGAGGUCUGAUGCUCAGUAACAUUAGGCUCAUUUCUCCUCUCAUGAGUUGGACAUUAUGAGUUUUCACUGAUGAAAAAGGACAGACAGGAGUAUGGGCAAGUUACAGUCCAAACUUGCUUUGAAACGCAGACAGAGUCCUGAAGGUGAUAGUCUGGCCCCCAGUGUGUUGACUUGUCAGGGGGAACUGGAGCACAAACACAGAGGCAAACUGACAGAGAACUUGGGCAAGUCCGACCAUAGCUGCAACCUCAAGGUAGUUUUGCCAACGAAGACGACACAUGACAAGGACAAGAACAUUUCCUUUUCGGACAAUAAAGAGACAAAGCAGAAGAAAAGCAACGCUGGUGGUAUGUCCAGUCUCAUACACUCCAUGUGUAAGGUUCUGGAGACCUCUGUGAAGCAGCCGUGUUUGGACAACACACCCCUGAAGAUCUGCCCAGAAAGGAUUUCACAAACAGCCACAGAAAAGGACUCAGGAGCGUCUCCGGAGGCUGGAAGCCCGGCGACGAAACUUUACUGUGUGGAUGAAAACAUCGAGCGCAGAAACCACUACCUGGAUCUAGCUGGCAUUGAGAACUACACAUCUAAAUUUGACAAUACAGAGACCCCCUCUCUGGACCCAGGGCAGCAAAGUCACUCUGCUUCUCAGCACCACCCAGUGGCAGGAAGGGCGCACUGCAUCUCCUCUGAGUCCCCUGGAAGCCCCUCGAUCCUCCAUUCUCUCAAGAAUAAGCCGGCGUCAGUGGGCAAAGACAGGAGCAGAGGAGUGGGAAAGUCCUGCAGGCUGCACGGCCAACAUCCCGCUUCAUGGUGCCAUCCGACCCAGUCUCACCCUCCAGCACACAGUCCCCCCCAUCUUACCCACAGCAAGAGGCUUCGUUCCAGGGUGCAAGAUGCUCCCACGCCCCUGAGACAUCCUGGCUCCCAGCUCCAACCAGGGGAGGAGAGGGAGAGGCUCAGUAAACUUCAUCUCUCCGGUGGGGCCCAGAGACAUGAACAUCAUCACCACCACGAGCACCAUCAUCAUCAUCACCACCACCACUACCACCCUUCAUAAACGCAUUCCAAACACAUCAAACUGGAUUCAGGGGAGAAGAGUUGGUCCUCAAAUCGUCUCCUUUAUAUUAAAUUCACUAAGUGGUGGAAACAGAUUGAGAUACUUUUAUCUAAAUCAAACAAAGUGCUGUUAGAUUACCCACACUAGGUCCUGGAAGGUCAGGUCCUUACCGACUGAAUGACACUUUUAAAGCACUUUAGAUUAACAGUUUCCUCUCAGGUAGUACAAGAAAUGUAAAGUGUGUAGGGUUGUAUAAUGCUUUUAUUUUGAAAUCCUCCCAGCACUGCAUACUAACAAUGUGGUACAUGGAUUGUAUCUAGUCUUUACAGUAUAAGUCACAUUCAUAUAGCACUAAUAUAUGCUGCACUACUAUUAUUAAACGUUUUACAUAUUAACUGAAGGAGCCGGGGAUCAUACCACCGACCUUGUGGUCAGUGGACAACCCGCUCUAUAUCCCGAGCCACAGACGCCUGAAGAAGAUGUCUUCUCUGCUUGAUGGUACAAACAUAAUGCUAAAAUUAAAACACAGUAUGUCUGUCAUGUAAAUGUUUUUAUUCUGUUAAUUUAUUCUGACAUGAUGAUAUAUUUAUUUUCUGGCCAAAUGUAAGAAUAUAAAUUAAACAACAAUUUGAAUAAUUCAA